AUGGUUGCUAGUCAAGUCAUUGUUGGUGCCCUCUGCCUCUUGGCUGGGGUAGAGGCAGCUGUCCCCAAGAUUCCGGGGUUCUGGCUGACCUGGGCCGAUGACUUCAACGGUCGACGUAACAGUCUUCCCCGAGACAAGAACUGGAUCUUUGACGUCGGCACCAGCUACCCAGGUGGUCCUCCCAACUGGGGUACAGGGGAGAUUCAGACGUACACAAAAAACGUUGAGAAUGUCCACCUCAACGGCAAGGGUAAUCUGCAGAUUACCGCCAUCCGUGACAAGGAUGGAGCCUGGACCUCUUCCCGAAUCGAGACUCAGCGAGCCGACUUCAUGGCCAAGAAGGACAGGAUCAUGAUCAUUCAAGCCGAUCUGAAGAUCCCCGACCUCGGCAGCAAUGGCGUCGGCUACUGGCCUGCCUUUUGGACUCUGGGCGCUGAUUUCCGUGGCAACUACUGGAACUGGCCUUCUAUCGGCGAGUUCGACAUUAUGGAGAACGUUAACAAUCUCAACCGUGGCUGGGGCACGCUUCAUUGCGGCACCAACCCGGGCGGUGUUUGUAACGAACCCAGCGGACUGGGCAACAAUAUGGUCUGCCCCAACAGCCCCUGUGAAGGAAACUUCCACACGUACUCCAUCGAGGUUGACAGGACAAGUUCGCCCGAGUUCCUGCGCUGGUACAUCGAUGGGCAGCAGUACCACCAGAUCAACGAGACGCAGUUGCCAUCGGAUGUCUGGGAAAAGACGGUCCACCGUCCUCACUUCAUCCUUCUCAACUUGGCGUUGGGAGGCGGCUUCCCCAAUGCCCUGGCGGGUGGUGACACACCAUUGAACACUACCCUGUCGGGGGGGCAGCUCGAGGUCCGAUACGUCGCUGUCUACAACUCGCGCGCAUCGCGUGAUAAAAUCACUUUCAACCCUCAUACCGACCUCGACCCAACGAACAUCGAUCCCGCUACCAGUCUUGAUGUCGACCCCAGUGCCAGUGGCUCUGCCGGUCUUGAUCUCUCCCUCUAG